AUAUUUAUAAAUAAUAAUACACCAUAAUUCCUUCAUAACACAACACUCUCUGCAUUUUCUUGAGAUAACAACAACAAAAAACAGUAAAAUUAAAAGUAUUUUGUCUCCAAACUCAGACAGAGAAACCAGAAACAUCUCUUCUUGGGUUUCUCAAAUCUCUAUUCAGUUUUGUGUAUUGUUAAUACUCAACAUUACAGAAGGGGCAUUAUUAUUGCUAAAUAAAGAAGAAGAUAAGAAGGAAAAUUUGGAUAUAGAAGAGUUGAAAUUUGAAGGAAAGUGAAUAUGGCUGGAAAAGGUUUAAAAUGUAAGAAGGAUGAAAAACAAGAUUUGCAGAAGCAAAUCGGGUGCAUCACUGGAUUUUUUCAGCUCUUUGAUCGACACCGUUUGAUCACAAAUCAACGGACUAGUAGCAACUACAUUCAGAACACACCUUCUUCAGGUGUAAGCAACAAUAAAACCAAAGACCUUAGUAAAAUGCAAAAAACAAAGGCAAAGAAUCAAGAGAUUACAAAAGAGAAGCAACAAUUCUCCAAAGAAUCAUCAAUAACUUCUGUGUCUUCAUCAUCAUGUUCAUCUAGCAUGUCGUCCCUCGAGUUUAACCGAAUGGUUAAAACAGAAUCAUCAUCAACCAAACAAAUUCAAAUUCCAAAAAAUUCACAUUCAAAAGUAACAAUGAACCAACAUGAUACAAAAAACCACCAAUCUCUUGAUUUCUCUGAUAUUGUCAAAGAUUCUAUGCAUAGAGAAGCCAAAGGGUUAUUACAUGUGAAAACAUUUGCCAAGCAAGAAAAAAAGGGUCACAUUGAUUCUCCUAGGCCUAUGCUAGCCCACAAAUCUUUCAAUGCAGGAGUUAUGGUUUCGAACGAACCGAUAAAUAGUCUUUUGAAGUCGAAAAGAGCGCCUUGGGACUCACCGCGGCUCUCUUAUGAUGGAAGGUAUGUACAAGAUACAUUGAAAUCCAACACAAAGCAUAAGGAACUUCUUCCUAGACUUUCCUUGGACAGCAAGCAAGGUUCUGUUAGAGUGAUCAAUGAAGGAAACAAAGCUCGCAACGUGUUGAACGGUUUGCAAAAAGAGUAUGAGAGGAACUCUACUACGAAAACUUCAUCAGGUGUUGUAGCGAAGUUGAUGGGACUCGAAGUUAUACCAGACAUGACAAUACAAACUUUUGUGACUUCUAGUCGCUCGACCGAACAAAAAGAGCUCAUGGGAAGAUCUAGAACAAGUGGGGAAUACAAGAAACAUCAGAGUUCUGAUAUAAUCACAACAAAUGUGAAACCAUAUUCGCGAUUUGCGCUAGAAUCGACUGCAAGCUCAAGUUAUUUGCUACAAGAUUCCAAGGGAAGUGAUUCUGAUAUUAAAGCAUCAAAGUCUUCACUUUCUGUUUAUGGUGAAAUUGAGAAAAGGUUAACAGAACUCGAAUUCAAAAAGUCCGGAAAGGAUCUACGAGCGCUUAAACAGAUUCUCGAAGCAAUGCAAAGAUAUACAGAUUCAUCAUCAUCUGACAGUAGGAAUAAUAAUACUACUAGUCUCAUUGAAAGUUCAAAAGUUCAAAGCUCAAGAACACAACAAAAGGUAUCGGAAACUGUAGCAGUUGAGACAUGGAAUUCGAUCCGAAGCAGUAAAUUGCCGAUUGUUGUCAUGAAACCAACAAAAGUAACUAGAAAAGCUAAUAUUCCUCCUUCAACAGAAUUGUCAAUUCAUGAUAAAUCUUGUCUCAGCAAAUGUUCUUCAACAAAUGGAAGAUUGAUUGAAAAGCAAAAAGCUAAAACGUUUGGCUUAACAACAAAAAACUCUAAGGAUACUUUUGGUCAGUCAGCAGAAAAGAAUAGUUACUUGAGAAGUUCAAAAUUGAUGCAAUCAUCAAAAUCUUCUCAUGAAUGCAAUGGAAAAAACAGCACCAACUCUGGCAAUGUAACAGUAACUGGGAGUCCAAGACUACAGAAGAAGUUUGGAUUCGAGAGGCGUUCGACGCCAACUAGUCCUUCGUCGGAUUCCAUCAUUAACAGAAGACAACAUAAUAUGCAACUUGUGGAGUUUUCUUCUCCAAAUUCAACACCAAGACAAGAUUUCUCUAUUUUGCAGGCUAGAGAUGAAAGUUUUAAGCAUCAUGUUAAUGUCAUUUCUUCAGAUUAUGACAGAAAGAGAAGCUUGGCAACUCGAAGUGACAUAAAAGUCGUUUCCAUCAAUCAAAAUAAUACAUUUGAAGAGAUGAGGAAGGAAAGGUCUAAGGCUGAUAAAACUGUUACUGCUGAACAACCAAGUCCUGUAUCUGUUCUUGAUGCUGCAUUCUAUAAGGAAGAUCCACCUUCUCCAGUGAAAAAUAUAUCAAACAUUUCAAAAAAAUUAGGUGAAUCUUUAAGCACUGAUGAUGAUAGUGAGGAGAAUUCAAAUGCCAACUUGAGCAAUGGAUUCGUUGAAAAAGACACAAACACCGAUAAUGUAGCUCGAAUACGGCAAGAAAUUGAAUGUUUUGAUGAAAAACUCAUCAAUUUCAAUAACAUCAAGAAUCCUGAUCAUAAGUAUAUAUCAGAAAUUUUGUUAACAUCAGGUCUAUUCAAUUAUCACAGCUCUAUCAAGUUACUUCAUUCACAAGGUCACUUGAUUAACCCGAAGUUAUUCCUUGCACUCGAACAAAUGAAGACAAAUAAGGCGCAUUUCAAUAUCGAAGACGAUGCCGAGAAAAUGCAAAGAAAACUCAUAUUUGAUGUUGUUAAUGAGAUAUUAGUUAAGAAACUGAUAUUGGAGAAUUCAACAAGUUUUUGGUACCUACCAAAGCUAAAAGGGAAGAUGCUUUUGGAAGAGAUAUGUGAAGAAAUUGAUGAGUUACAACGUGAAAAUAGGGAUGCUAGUUUUGUUCAUGAGGAUGAGAAUUUGAUUCAUCUUUUGUGCAGUGAUUUGAAGAAUCAUAACACAGUUUGGACUGAUUAUUGCGGUGAGAAACCGAAUAUCGGAUUGGAUAUCGAAAGGUCAAUUUUCAAAGAUUUGAUAACUGAAGUUGUGAGAGAUGAAUUAGCAACUCAUUUUGGAGAUCAUUGCAGGAAAAUGCUGUUUUCCUAAGUAGGAUUUUUAGUUAAGCAGUUUGAGGAGGGGGGGAAAUAAUCAAAUUUUUCUUAUAUUGCACAUUUCUAAUCUAGCUAUACAUAUGGUUUUUAAAAGGGUUCAUCGUGUGCUUAAUUGACAGUUUUACAUUUGUUUUUCUUCAUGUAUUUAUUUAUAGUCUUAUGUUCAUAAAUAUACAAGCAGAAAUACAGAUAAAUGCAUAUCAGUAUAGACUUUCACAAGGUUAAUGAAAUCUUGCAAUAACUUCUAUA